GUGUGUAAGCAUGAGAUCCCUAGAGACCUGAGGUUAAAGAUCUGUCAAACAUGUGACAGUGCCCCUCAAAACCUACAGCAUGUGACUUUGCGGUGGAGUUUGUAGACUCUCACCAUGCUCUCUCUGUGGAAUCUGUAUCUUCUCCUGCCCCUCUCCGUGCCUCAUUCACUACAUGUCAUUGCCUUUACUGGAGAGAAUGGCAAGGAAACACGACAGGCAGACACUGACACAGCGGCACAGCGUCUCACACAGCCCCCACAGAGACCUCACGGAUCUGGUUUAGCACCGGGCAAUGUUGACUCCCUUGGUCUACCUUUGAGUUGGCCAUUAUCGUCAUCUGAGGGAUCAGAUAGACAAGGCGUGAUUGGUGAAUACGGUGAUUUAGAGGAGAGCACAGAGUCAUCUAUUUUGUACCCUAAUGAGAAGGGACGUAUCAUAUCCACACCCACAGAUAGAGCUAUAGAUGAUGCUACCUCCUACAAGAACACACUGACUUUAGCAGGAGGAGUAUCACCUCAACUUACCCAGGAACAAAUAUCAAAGAAUGAGUCAGCUGAGACCAGCACGGAUCAUUAUUGCAUUUGACAGAGACUAAAGAGAAUCAGCCUACUUUCCCAGUCUCGCAGAAUGAGACGACUAAUAGCCUGUUACCUUCCUUCAAUGGCUCACUUUUAUCAAAUGAGGACUCCACUUCACUGCUGUCUGCUGAGCCUGAGCCCAGCCCUGAGCGCCCCACUCCACCAGUAGCCACUAGCAGUUGGGGAUGGACCAAGGGCCCUUCUGUUAUCACACGGGAAAAGACACAGGAGGGGACUGUCCCAGUGAAAGAGACCGGAGAUGGAUUGAUUGAUAUGACGGAUCGUAUUUUAAACAGAGGAGCUGUCACCGUGGAGGCAGAUAAAAGUGACUCCAAGGAUGAUGACCUGCGUGUCUCAAAGACCAGUAGCACACUCUCGCUUGAUGGUAACAUGGACACAUCCACCACAGCCUGCAAAACACCAAACCAGUCCUGGACUCCCACCUACCAAGAUGAUUUUACUCCCAGCGAGUCCCUGCGCCCUUCUCUUGCUCUCAGCCCCGCCCUUUUCGUCCCUCUGUAUUCGGACUGGAAUUCUGCCCUCGCCACAUGGGGAUUUGCAUGGGAAGCACACAUCUAUGGCCUGGGGUCUGUCUUCACUGUGUUUGGCCUAAUCUCUGUGGUCUGCCUGUUAGGCCUGCCCCUGCGGUGUCCCCCAGGUAGCUCCUACUUCACCUUGCUGCACUUGUUCCUCUUGGCAUUUGCAGGGAUCCAAGCUUUCUGUUUGCUAUAUGAUGCUUACAGUCACCAAGAUCGUCUCCCCCCGGGCUCUCUGCUGCUCUCUGAGCUUCCCUUCCCCUGUUUGAUCUCAGCCUUUUCCCUUGCCUUCCUCCUUCUUUCCUUGCGCUCACGCAUGCAUCUUUCGCUCCCACUUGCUAAUUCCACCUCAUUCUCAGCCUUGCCCAAACCUUGCCUGUUACUGUGUAUGUCCCUGUUGUAUUCUGGCAUCUCUCUGGGGUGUGUUGGCAUGCUCCAGCUCUUCCACAGCCUCCCCACUGGAAUUCUGCUAUUCCCUCAGGGUGUGUUUGUUCUCACCAUCUUUCUCUCAUGCUCCUACCUCAUCUUCUACUGCUUAAUACAAGUCAACACUAAACACAUGUACAGGCUGAAUGACAAUGGAGAGAGUGGAGAAUCUCCUGAGGUGAUGCGACCUGCAAGGUGCCCCUUUGCUAAAGGGGAGGACUGGAGUAGGGCAGCUGGAGCUGGAGUUGGGGCUUCAUUGUGCUUGUUAGGAUGUGGAGGCCUCCAGCUUUAUGGGAUCCUGCAUGCCCUUGGUUUGGGCGGCGUUGGUGGCUAUGGGUUCCAGCCCUGGCCCUGGUGGGGCUACCAGGUGGGCUGCAGGCUCUGUGAGGCUGGGGUGUGUCUAGGUUUGUCUCUCAUUGGUACACACCCUCUAUUCUGUCACAACUCCUCCUCUAUGAAGACCAUAACUCAUCCUCGGCCAGGAUCUUGGUCCCGCCUCUCCUGCAGCUCCCCUUCGCGAGGGCUCACCCUGCCCUCUCAGGGAGGUGCAAAUACUCUCUCCUCUCAUGAUUCCUGGUCCCAGGGUAAGCAGGAAAAGCUGGUGGUCUGCGAUAUCAUCACUAAGGGACAGUCAGAAGCUCUUCCUCUUUUCUCAGUGGUGGAUCCUCCUGGAAAUGGGCUAGACUGUGUCCCCAAGUCCGUUCAAACCUGGAACACUGUUCUACCUCUACCUACACCCCCAAGCCCACCACACAAGCCAAAGAAUGCAGGUGAGUUUCAGCUAUCAUCACUGGAUAACCUAGGCCUGGAAACUGACUCUACAGUGGAUUUGCAGCCCCCAUCUCCCAUAGACUUGUCCCGCAGCAUUGACCAGGCUCUGUUCAGUGAAUCCUUAUUUUCUCACAGUAUCUUUGGUUUGCCAAGACUAUUCAAUGCUUCUUCCAGCCUCUCUUUGAGCCCUACCCAAGGUACGUCAAAGCAAGGGCCUAGCUCUGUGGAAAACGCCCUCUACCGAACCUCUUCCUGUGGAGACGUGGAUCAAGAGGACUUCCUGUCCAGUUCAAGACCCUCCCAGCCACAUUGCUCUUUAAAAUCUCACAGCAAGCCAACAAAGUCACCAGAGCAAUGGGAUUGGAAAGGGAGUGUCUCUGGCUCAACCCAGGGUUUGUGCAGCAAUCCCAAGGAGACAGGAAAGCUGCGCUCACAUCCCUGGGCAAACAGAGGUCAAAGCUUUGCUCAGAGUAGCCUCCCACGAGCAAUCCCCCAACUGUCUUACCACAGGCGUUACCGAACCCUGAGCUUAGCCUCCCAGGACAGUCACGGAUCGGGCCGGCUGGCAGGGACUAAACACCUGAGUGAAAGCAAACAGCUGGAAUGGGAUCUGGCUGUACAGGCAGAGUUUGUCAACGUCUGCAGACAAAUUGACGCUCUGAGCGUUUGCAGUGACACUAUUGAAUUGUAGAAAGUUGUAAAAGUCCCGUUGUGACUGGAAUGCACAUGACAUUGUACAGAAAUAGCAGACUCUGAUUAGGUUACAUGGAGGAAUUAAAGUAUACAUCAUAAGUUAUACAGAUGAAAAUAGUUACCUGAAGUAAUGAAAGAGGAAUGGACAAUAUUAUUUUAAUGGACCCAACUUAUUUUCUAUAAAUGCUGUACUGUUGAUAUUAUUAUAUUCAAAACCUGAUUUUAAAGGCUGACUGCAUCACACUGUUUUCAGCAACUUCACUAAGCUCUUCUCUUAGUAAUGUUUUUUUUGUUUAAAUGUUGUGGCAGUAUUCUGAUGUAAAUGCUCAUUCCAGUUAGACAUUCAUGAAUGUCAAGGAAAAAAUAUCUCUUGUUAAAGUGUGCAAAUGCUAUACAGAAGUUAACUGAAGCAGGAGUAUAAAUAUUUGUAUAACUGAUAUGUUGAGCUUU